UUUCAACGUAUGAAGCUCCCAGCCCUGCCGACAAUCCGACAAGGGUCAGCUGUUGUACUGUUAGUGAGGUUAUGUUUAUACUACACGUGUUCUCUGUAUCUUCGUGAAGUUUAUGUGAAUUUAAUGUAAAAUAUGUCGUCUAAAAAGAAAACAACGAGUUUGGCCGAUAAAAUAAGUAGUUUAGUAACAGCUGCACCAACAAAUUUUGGUUCUGACGAUGAAGCUGAAGAUACAACAGCAAAAGUCGUAGAACAAUUUGAAGACAGUGAUAACUCUGAUGGUGAUUUUCGAGAUUCCAGUAUAAGGAAACGGAAUGUAGAUCUUUUAGAUCAAAUUGAUGAAAGGUAUAAAGGUAAAAAAGUAUCAAGGAAGGACAUUUACGAGGAGGAAGUAAAAGUUGAAUCUAGUGAUGAGUUGGAAGAGGGUCUGUCGGAAAAUAAUUUUAGUGAAGCUGAUAGUAUACAAGAUUCGGAUACUGCUGAACAGAAGCGUAAUAUUGAAGAUGACGAAGAUGAUGAUGAUUCAGAAAGAGAUGUAUCAGAUUCUGAUAAUAACCAAGAUUCUGAUGGAGACAGUAAUGAAUCAAAUUCAGAUAAUGAAGUAGAUUCUGAAAUUGAUGAGGAUAAUCCGUUACGUAGAAAAACCAAGUCAGAUCUCAAUUUCCAACACAUCUCAGCUACAAACGUACGUUCAGAAGUAGAAAAAGGAAACUCUGUAAGAAAUCAAUUGAAAGUCUGGGAAAAUCUUUUGGAAAUGCGAAUAAAAUUGCAAAAGUGCUUAAUUACUAGUAAUAAAAUGCCACAAUAUGAUACAUAUAAAGACUUCAAAAAAGAUAAUGCAUUCACAGCAACUACAAACGAUGCAAAGAACAAAUUAACACAUCUUUUAGAUAGUAUGUUAAAGCUGCAAUCAACACUUCUGAAAAACUAUCCUGAAACAAAAAAUCUAAAUACAUUGGGAAAGAAAAGAAAGGCAGACAUUAACGAAAGUGCGGAAGAAGACAAAGAUGGAUACGAUGAUCCAAUGGAUGAAGAAAUCCCAUCAGACACUGAAGAUGAAAAUGAGAAAAAUGAAGAUGCAUCAGAUUCCAAAGACGAAAGCAAAGAAAAAGAAAAUAUCCAAGAAACACCUAAAAAGAAAUUAAAACUCAUUGACUAUGAGAGGAUUCUUGCAGAAAAUCAUAAAUCCUAUGCAGCCUAUAGAAAUAGCGUAAUACAAAAAUGGAACGACAAAACUCGGAUCGCUACUGGAAACUUAACCAAAGGAACGAGUCAGCCAGUCGUCAACCAAAUCGAAUACAUUCUAAAUGAUAAAAUGAAGUUAUUAAAGAGGACACAGUUAAAACGCUCAGAGUACGAGAUAGUUGGAAAAACAUUAGAGGAAGAUCAAGAUGGCCGAAGAGUGCAGGAACACGAUACAGAAAUUUAUGACGAUGAUGACUUUUAUCAUCAGUUACUAAGGGAAUUGAUUGAAUAUAAAUCUUCAGACGUAACCGAUCCCAUACAAUUAAGCAAACAAUGGAUACAGUUACAAAAUAUGAGAAGUAAAAUGAAACGAAAAAUAGAUACAAGAGCGACAAAAGGUAGAAGGAUACGAUACAACGUUCAUACGAAGUUAGUCAACUUCAUGGCCCCAAUUACGGUUAACGAUACGUGGACAGAAUUAGCAAGAAACGAAUUGUACAGUUCCUUAUUUGGAAAAAUAAAACCGAUGCCAAACGAGGUGGGAAAUUAGAUUGUAUGAUUAUUAUUUAAACAAUACCGUCAACAUGUAAUUAUAAUGAAUUUUCACGAAUGUACAUAGGACUUAAUUUUUAUUUCUUACUAAAUGUCAAAUCGCAAUUUAACGUUCAUUUGCAGAAUAUAUUUUAGAAUUAAGAGUGUUAAAAGGAACGAAUUCAUCUCCUCUUUGACUUUAUGUUGACAAGUUCGUUAUUUGAAUUGAUAAUUCACUUAUAUCAAUUUCCUCAUGCUUUAUCCGUAUUCCAAAUCAAUGUCCUUCCCGACAAAUGUAUACAUUAAUUAGUGAUAUUUUCUAGAAGCAGCAGCGUUCUGCGAAUUCAUGCUGCUCGCUGAAUAAAUUGUUGCAAACCUG